AUGCCAUGUAGUGUGUGGACGGAGGAAUCCAGCUGCACUGUGCUCAACUCCACCAUCGUGGCAGAGAUUAACUGUACCUACAGCUGUGGCUCCGAGUGCUGGAAAAGCUCCAAGUACCCAUGCCUACAGGUGUUUGUCAGUCUCAACACAUCCGGGAAGGUCGUCCGACUCUCCCACAAUGAGGAGGCACAGGACACCAACCCAGAGGUGAGACAGAGGACAUGCCUAAACGUAACAUGUCUAAUAGUAACCCUUUAUUUCAUUGUCCUGCUUCAGCUACAGUAAUAUACACCUGGUUUUACUCAUCUUUACUAAGAAAUUAUGUGGUAGCAAUGUGCAAUCAAAUGAUUCAAUACAAAACAGUACAUUAGCACAGCUAUGAAAUAUGUAUUUACCAUAUAAUUAAUUUAAUGUAGGGCAAUUCCACGAUAAGAGUGAUGCUGAAACUCAGAUUUUUCACUUUAAAAUGUCAAACAAAAACCAAUGAUUGUAAAGUUAAACAAACCAUACAACUCUAUGCACAAGUACUACUUUUAACAAUUUCCACUGAAAAUUGUACAAAAACACAUUUACUUGAAGAACAGUGCAGAUGCAAAUUUGGUAACAGAAUGGUGGCACCAACAGCACAAACCGUCAUUCUGUUACCAAACUUUGCGUCCCCACAAGACACAAAUUGGUUGAAUCAACGUUGUUUCAACGUAAUUUGUCAACGUAUUGUGACGUAGACUCAUACAUUCUAUUUUUUAAAAGUCAUGAAUUGUUGUUUUGAUGGUGAAAUUUCAAGCACAGGAUUAUGUCAUCAUUGUGACCAAUUUUCAACAUAGACAAACCUGGCAUAAAAUAUGUUGAAUUUGUACCUUUGAAACAAUCCGAAAAAAAGUUAUAGGUUGGGCAGCACCUCUUACUGGAGAAUUGAUCAAUCUACAGCUAUUCAUUUGGUAUCCCAUCCAGGGUUCUAACCACGCCCAGUCCUUCUUAGCUUUGAUAUUUGUCCCUGACUACUACCAAUGUGCUACCAUGAGAAUGAUUAUUGAGAGAUCUCUUAAUAACUAAAUAUAUUCACUGUGUUGCUAUCGAAGUCAUUCCAAAGGGUAGGCUUAACAAAGCAAAUAAAAUGUUACCAUAUUUUAUAAGUCAUAUAUCAUCAAUGAUACUAUUUAGGCCUAUACAGUGCAUUCGGAAAGUAUUCAGACCCCUUGACUUUUUCCACAUUUUGUUAAGUUACAGCCUUAUUCUAAAAAGGAUUAAAUCGUUUUUUUCCCUCAUCAUUUUCCUACACACAAUACCCCAUAAUGACAAUGCAAAAACAGGUUUUAAGAAAUUUUCGCAAAUGUAUUAAAAAUAAAAAACAGAAAUACCUUAUUUACAUAAGUAUUCAGACCCUUUGCUAUGAGACUCUACAUGUAGAGUCUCAUAGCAAAGGGUCUGAAUACUUAUGUAAAUAAGGUAUUUCCGAUUUCCGAUGGUCACUCUGACAGAGCUCCAGAGUUCCUCUGUGUAGAUAGGAGAACCUUCCAGAAGGACAACCAUCUCUGCAGCACGCCACCAAUCAGGCCUUUAUGGUAGAGUGGCCAGAUGGAAGCCACUCCUCAGUAAAAAGGCACAUGACAGCCCACUUGGAGUUUGCCAAAAGGCACCUAAAGGACUCUCAGACCAUGAGAAACAAGAUUCUCUGUUGCCAAGUAUCACGUCUGGAGGAAACCUGGCACCAUCCCUACGGUGAAGCAUGGUGGUGGCAGCAUCUUGCUGUGGGGAUAUUUUUCAGCGGCAGGGACUGGGAGACUAGUCAGGAUUGAGGGAAAGAUGAAUGGAGCAAAGUACAGAGAGAUCCUUGAUGAAAACCUGCUCCAAAGCGCUUAGUACCUCAGACUGGGGCAAAGGUUCACCUUCCAACAGGACAACGACCCUAAGCACACAGCCAAGACGACGCAGGAGUGGAUUCGGGACAAGUCUCUGAAUGUCCUUGACUGUCCCUGCCAGUCCUGUAAAUAGCUGUGCAGUGACGCUCCCCAUUCAACCUGACUGAGCUUGAGAAGAUCUGCAGAGAAGAAACUCCCCAAAUACGGGUGUGCCAAGCUUGUAGCGUCACACCCAAGAAGACUCAAGGCUGUAAUCGCUGCCAAAGGUGCUUCAACAAAGUACUGAGUAAAGGGUCUGAAUACUUAUGCAAAUGUAAUAUAGUUUUUUAUUUUUAAUAAAUUAGCAGAAAUGUCUAACAACCUGUUUUUACUUUGUCAUUAUGGGUUAUUGUGUGUAGAUUGAUGAGGGGGAAAAAAUAUUUAAUUCAUUUUAGAAUAAGGCUGUAACAUAACAAAAUGUGGAAAAAGUCACGGGGUCUGAAUACCUUCCGAAUGCACUGUAUAGCAUUUGCAAAGUCAUCAACAGCUAUUGUUUCAAUUCAACCCAGGGUUCAACUAAAAAUAGACAAUACAUAUCGGCCUAGGGUUUCUCAACAAAUUUAAUCUUCAAGUUAAUCAUUAAUAUAUUGGAUUCAAGUCUCCAUUUCAAACAAAAAUCAAAGUUAAAACCCCCUAAGGUCGAUGUCCACUCCCCUGCGGAAAUCUAAUUAGCAUAAUAAAAAAGCCCCCAUAAUAAUCUGUCAGUUUAAGAUAGAGAUAAAAUGUAAAUGAAAAUGAUAGAGAUAGCUGGUUUUGGAUUGGAUACGUCUCAAUCCACCACAUUCACCUAUGUCGCACUUCCGCAUCUGCGGUGAAUGGUGACAGAGCUAGAGCGGUGUUUGUCAGACCAUGAUAAAUCCCGAAAUUCUCAUAAAAUCGUCUGUAGCGUCCGAAUGGUUUGGCCUACAAAGUAUUAUGACCCCUCUAUGGAAAGAUGAGACAUACAGUACCAGUCAAAAGUUUGGACACACCUACUCAUUCCAGGGUUUUUCUUUAUUUUUACUAUUUCCUACAUUGUAGAAUAAUAGUGAAGACAUCAACACUAUGAAAGAACACAUAUGGAAUCAUGUAGUAACCAAAAAAGUGUUAAACAAAUCAAAAUAUAUUUUAUAUUUGAGAUUCUUCAAAUAGCCACCCUUUGCCUUGAUGACAGCUUUGAACACUCUUGGCAUUCUCUCAACCAGCUUCACCUGGAAUGCUUUUCCAACAGUCUUGAAGGAGUUCCCACAUAUGCUGAGCACUUGUUGGCUGCUUUUCCUUCACUCUGCGGUCCGACUCAUCCCAAACCAUCUCAAUAGGGUUGAGGUCGGGGGAUUGUGCAGGCCAGGUCAUCUGUUGCAGCACUCCAAAACCCUCCUUCUUGGUAAAAUAGCCCUUACACAGCCUGGAGGUGUGUUGGGUCAUUGUCCUGUUGAAAAACAAAUUAUAGUCCCACUAAGCCCAAACCAGAUGGGAUGGCGUAUCGCUGCAGAAUGCUGUGGUAGCCAUGCUGGUUAAGUGUGCCUUCAAUUCUAAAUAAAUCACUGACAGUGUCACCAGCAAAGCACCCCCACACCAUAACACCUCCUCCUCCAUGCUUUACGGUGGGAAAAACAAAUGCAGAGAUCAUCCGUUCACCCACACCGCGUCUCACAAAGACACGGCGGUUGGAACCAAUAAUCUCCAAUUUGAACUCCAGACCAAAGGACAUAUUUCCACCGGUCUAAUGUCCAUUGUUCGUGUUUCUAUGCCCAAGCAAGUCUCUUCUUCUUACUGGUGUCCUUUAGUAGUGGUUUCUUUGCAACAAUUUGACCAUGAAGGCCUGAUUCACACAGUCUCCUCUGAACAGUUGAUGUUGAGAUGUGUCUGUUACUUGAACUCUGUGAAGCAUUUAUUUGGGCAGCAAUUUCGGAGGCUGGUAACUCUAAUGAACUUAUCCUCUGCAGCAGAGGUAACUCUGGGUCUUCCAUUCCUGUGGCGGUCCUCAUGAGAGCCAGUUUCAUCAUAGCUCUUGAUGGUUUUUGUGACUGCACUUGAAGAAACUUUCAAAGUUCUGGAAAUGGUCCGUAUUGACUGACCUUCAUGUCAUGAUUCCAUAUGUGUUCUUUCAUAGUGUUGAUGUCUUCACUAUUAUUCUACAAUGUAAAAAAUAGUAAAAAAUAAAGAAAAACCCUUGAAUAAGUAGGUGUGUCCAAACUUAUGACUGGUAGUGUACAUGUCGGUUGUUUUGCUCUAGGACACCCACAGGCUUCACAAGACUCAUCUAAAGGUCCCCCGGUACCAGUUGAAAAAGUGAAUGGAAGAUAACUGUGUGUGCACUUUGUGUUCAAAAACACUAUUGUUGCACACAAAGUGAGUCCGUACAACUUAUUAUGUGAUUUGUUAAGCACAUUUUUACUCCUGAACUUAUUUAGGCUUGCCAAAACAAAGGGGUUAAAUACUUAUGAACUCAAGACAUUUCAACCUUUCAUUUUUAAUGAAUUAGUAAACAUUUCUAAAUACAUAAUUCCACUUUGACAUUAUGGGGUAUUGUAUGUAGGCCAGUGACACAAAAUAUCAAUGUAAUCCAUUUUAAAUUCAGGCUGAAGCACAACAAAAUGUGGAAAAAGUCAAGGGGUGUGAAUACUUUCUGAAGGCAUUGUAUGUUGGAUUCAAGUCUCCAACUAAACCAAAAAUAAAAGUUAUAGGAUUAAGCCAGUGGCUCAGUUGAAACUAUCCAGGCAUUAGAUAUCCUUCAAAUGAUAUUUGGUUGCGUUGUCAACCAAACACAAUUCAAUAUUUAUUUUGUAAUAAAGUAAAUAGCCUCAAUUUAAGGUUAUCUUACAAACUAAUGUAACAAUAUUUAUUCAACCUUAAAAUGAGUAACACAUCCAUGGCCACGUAUUGAGGUUAGCCUACUGUAACUAUAAAUGUCUUCUUAUGUAAUCAUAGAAAGCGUGCAUGUUCAAGAUAGCAUGCAAAGCUUCACAAUUGCUAUAAUAGUCUUCACAGAAUCUCUAACAGAAUUGAUCACUUGCUCUAUGUACUUUUAAUGCACACGUCAAAUUCAUUCCACGGAGUGCCAAGUGUCUGCGGGUUUUCGCUCCUCCCUUGUACUUGAUUGAUGAAUUAAGGUCACUAGUUAGUAAGGAACUCCCCUCACCUGGUUGUCUAGGUCUUAAUCUAAAGGAAAAACCAAAAACCAGAAGACACUAGCCCCUCCAUGGAAUGAGUUUGACACCGCUGUUUUAAUGUAAUCUCAACCACAAUCCAGGUCAUUUGGUUGUGCUAUUAGAUAAAGCACAGUGAUAAAACAUGAACUUGUUGUAUAAACACAAAAUAUCUGACAUUGUAUUACCAUUUGAACUUUUUUGUGCUUUUUAAAUAGUUGGAAGCGCAGUGAAAACACAUUUAGAUGACAACUAAACCAAAAAUCAGACAUUGUUUUUUCAUUGGAAUUUGGUUAUGCUUUUAGAUGGUUGAAAGCAGAGUGACAACUCAUUGGGAAUUCAACAAACUUCUGGCUGCCUUUUUGAGUGGGUGAAUAAAGGUUGAAAUCUCAUUGAUCAACAUCUCAACCAAAUAUUACCCACAUUUCCACAUUGAAAUUAUGUGGUGUGCCCAGUUGGUCUGCACUGGUCUUCAAGUAAUAGUUUUUGUAAAAUUGUCUGUAGAAAUUGUUAAAAGUAGUCCUUGUGCAUAGAGUUGUAUUGUUUGUUUAACUUUGCAAUCAUUGGUUUUUCUUUGACAUACAUUUUUAAGUGAAAAAUAUAAUAAAGCAACAUUUUAUUAACUGUGAUCUGAUUCUCAGCGUCACUCUGUCACGUGGAAUUGCCCUGUAACAAUGAGAAAACAAUAUGGUUUAAUCCACCCUAAUUCACUACAAAUAAAUAAAUAGUUCAUCACAAUAAAAACCAUGGAAACGAAAGGACCCCAAGAGUUCUAAUUAACUUCAGACGACUCCACCUCACUACAUUACUUGAGGGGAUGGAAAAAACUUGCAGCUGAAAACAAAUUCUAGAGGUUAAAUUCCAAUUCAACUCAUCCAAGACACACACUUAACCCACCGUAUUCAUAAUAAAGCUGUCUUUGUUCUCUUAGUGCUUCUAUGUGCCCAAAUGUCGGAAGGACUACAAUGCGAUCCAUACUGUAGUCAUGAACAUCUCGGAGCGUCUGAAAACACAGCAGCAGGUGCUGUGUUACAUGGACCCAGGUGAACAGCAGGACAAUGCUCUACUGACACGCAUCUAUGGACGAUUGGCAGUGUUCCACUCACUCUUUUGGCCCACCUGCACCCUCAUUGGUGGAACCAUCAUCAUCGCCAUGGUGAAGCUCACCCAGUACCUGUCCAUCAUGUGUGAACAGGUGGGCAGGAUCAAAAGGUGAGAGAAAGGCCAGCGACAGGGGACAGGGGCCAGGCUACAAGGCCAGGGGAGAGGGGCCAGGCUACAAGGCCAGGGGACAGGGGCCAAGCUACAGGGGCCAAGGGAUAGGCUACAGUAGCAGCACAAGCCCCUGGUCUUCAUACGCAGCAUAGGAACCUUAUGGAAGCUCUUUAUGUUCCAUUUGAGCUAAAGACUUGUGUAUGAGAGCUGAGUGACAGACAGAGUGACAGGGGAUCUGGGGGCUUACAUUCCCCAUAUGACUUCUCUGGUUCCUCUGAGGAAAGCAAUAGGACUGAUAUGGGCUCCCGGCAGCUGUCAUGGCAGGUGAAAGUCAAUUACUUUGGGGCACACUGAUUUUUCCUGGGAUCUCUUUUCGGCACCUCCUUAAGUGGCACAAUCAUACAAAGUGAUGGCUUUAAAGAAGUGGCCAACACUGGACCUGAUCUGCCCUUGAACCCCUAGGCAGCUUCAAUGAUUCAUUCACACUGUGGCGACAAGGCAGUGACGCCAAGAGAGUUUGCCCGAGACAACCAUGUCAAAGCAUUGUCCAAAAUACUGAUCCAAACUUGGCUCCUCGUGUUACUGGUGUUGGGUGGAGGGUUACACAACUACAGGCGGCUGGGCCGACACCCCUGAACAAGGUGUUGACUAUCUAUGCUGUAACCCUGGGUCUGUAGAGACUCCAUUCCAAGCUAAUAGUUUGGGAUAAACACUUACUUGCAGUAUGGUGUAGCAGUAAUUACACAUCACAAUAGGUCUUAGUCACUAGGAUGCUUAGAUCAACAUACAAUGCAACUUCCCAGGACAACUGUUCAAUACAAAAUGCCUUAAUUUCUGGCCCUAACACUGUGGUAGACUUUCUCUGAAAUGGGUAGAUAUACUGAGGCCAACUGCGUUUUCAGGGCCUGGGCCUGGUUGCAUAAAACACCUUAAGUUAAUUUCCCCCUCAUCUUUUCCUUUAAAGUUUCCUUAACUUUAAGUCAGUUGCACAAAACAUUUUAAGGUAAAUUUCCCCCUUAAAUUAAGUGAAAAAGUUAAGGGUGCCAAGGAGGUCCUUUAACUGCUUCAUUCAGUAUGGAUAUCAAUGUAAACAGCAUUUGUGGAGGUGAAUGUUGCUUUCAUCUGCACUGGUGACAAAAGGAAAACAUCAACCAGCUAGCUACUUAGCUAAACAAUGGAAGGUGCACAAUCCAUGGCUACAAACUAGCUGGCUUGUUGCUAUAGCUACUCUGUAAGCUACUGUAGAAAUGUGGUUUAUUAUCUUCUGAAGCAAUUUGGUUAUCCUGUCUUGAUUGUAGAGGUUAUAUUUAGCUAUCUUACAAAAUGAAAGCGAUCUCUUUGAGGAGAAGUUUAGUCAGUGAAUCAGGCUGUCUCCAUGGUAACAAUAUACUCUUUCUGCCAUACAUGCCUUCAAACUACCAUAAAACCCCUUAAGUAUGCCCUUACCUAAGGAAAUAUUUGAGGGGCGCUAUGCAACGUCCUUAAACAAUUCCCUUAGGUAAGGGAAAAUUAAUCCUUAAGGUAAACACUUAAGAUGUUUUAUAUAAAACACCUUAAGUUAAUUUUCCAGUUAUCUUUUCCCUUAAAGUUUCCUUACCUUUAAGUCAGUUGCCCUGGUUGCAAAAGGAAAACAUCAACCAGCAAGCUAGGUGUAUAGCUAGCUAGCUAGCUACUUAGCUAAACAAUGGAAGGUGCACAAUCCAUGGCUACAAAGCUACCUGGCUAGCUUGCUAGCUACCUACUAUGUGAGUUAACUUAAUGUGCUAGAAAGUAAUGGAAACAAGUUGAGAAAAAAGUAACUACAAGAAACGUGUUUUAUUAUCUUCUGAAUCAAUUUGUUUCUCCUGUCUUGAAUGUAGAAGUUAUAUUAUGUGAACUCCCAAAAUAAAUGUGAUUUAUUUGACAAGAGAUCACAUUCAGACAGUGAAUCAGGUCAUCUCCAUGGUAACCAGAGACUACCGUAAAACCCCUUACCUAAGGGAAACGAUUGAGGGGCUCUUAAACAAUUCCCAUAAGUAAGUGGAAAUUAAUACUUAAGGGAAAGCCUUAAGGGAAACACUUAAGAUGUUUUAUGCAAUCAGACCCUGGAGCACAAAUUUAAUUGACAAGAAGAACAAAUCCAUAAUGGAAAUGAGUCGUGGCGCAUUUUACCAUAAAUAUUCACAGAAUGAUGAUUGCACACAUUCAGACCAAACUGGGUAAAUAUUGACAGUAUUUCAUUAUUGGUUCCAUGAUCACUAUUAUUACUGUUUGUUAAUAUUAUUUUGCUGUCACUGUCAUCUCAUGUUGUCAUCAGAAGUUUAUCCUUGCCUAUAAUUGUUACAUUAUUGGCUGUUUGACUUGCUUUCUUAUCAAUUGAUACAAACCAAUUGUACAUGAAAUUUUGUCUUGCAUUCAUAUAUUUAAAGACAAACUCAGCAAUUAAAGUACUUCCCUGGUUUGUAUUUAGUGAUUGUUGGGUUGGUAAAAGUAAUUAAAAGGUUCAAGAAAUGCACAAUAAACUGAGCCUUAGUAUAAGAGCAAUGUUCAUUAACUGAUAAACCAACCAAAAUGUACUGAUAUACUGCCUUAUUUUAUGAUUGAUAGAGUGUCUGGGUGAACAACUCAUGUCUGUCUUCCAUUAAUCCUACAGUCUACUUAAUCAUAUAAGUGAGGUGAUGCUGUUUUAAAGCACAGGUCGGUCCUUGGGAUUUGAAGAGUUUCAUUCCAAAAUGCUAUAUAUCCAUUUCCAUUAGCUUUUACUGUUUAAAGAAAUUAUAAAAGUGAUCGGGGUGUUUUUUUAAACUAUCUAAUCAUGGUAUAGGGUUGAUCAAUGACAGACGUAGUUAUUUAAAAUAUAUAACUUGAUGGUCUCAUUUCAGAGAGACAAAUAAUCCUGUUUUUUUUGCAAAAUGCUAUAUAUCCGCCUCACUCAGAGAAAUAAGUUGUACUGCUAGGAUUUACACAGUGAAAUGUAACAAAUAAUUACAUUUUCUAUAAAGAACUGUACACAUUUGUGACAUCAAUAUAUAAAAAAUUAUAAUAAUAAUUCAACACAGUAAUAAGAGAUCUGGAUGUAAAACUUGCACAUUUAGCAGAUGCUAUUAUCCAGCGUUACUUACAGUAAGUGCAUUCAUCUUAAGAUAGCUAGGUUAGACAACCACAUACUGUAUCACAGUCAAAUAUACAUGAUACGAGCAUUCCAUUCCAGCUAAACAAUGGAUAUAUAGCGUUUUGCUAAAGAACACAUUUUCAUACACCUCUAAAAUCUGAUAACAGUAAUAUUUUACACACUCAUGAAAGUAUCCAUAAGCAAUCAUUUAUGAUGAAAAAAAUACAAAUGUGAAAAUGUUUUGCAUAUACAGUGGCUUGCGAAAGUAUUCACCCCCCUUGGCAUUUUUACAUUUUACAACCUGAAAUUUAAAAUUAUUUUUCGGGGGUUUGUAUCAUUUGAUUUACACAACAUGCCCACCACUUUGAAGAUGCAAAAUAUUUUUUCAAUACUUUGUAGAGCCACCUUUUGCAGCAAUUACAGCUGCAAGUCUCUUGGGGUAUGUCUCUAUAAGCUUGGCACAUCUAGCCACUGGGAUUUCUGUCCAUUCAUCAAGGCAAAACUGCUCUAGCUCCUUCAAGUUGGAUGGGUUCCGCUGGUGUACAGCAAUCUUUAAGUCAUACCACAGAUUCUCAAUUGGAUUGAGGUCUGGGCUUUGACUAGGCCAUUCCAAGACAUUUAAAUGUUUCCCCUUAAACCACUCAAGUGUUGCUUUAGCAGUAUGCUUAGGGUCGUUGUCCUGCUGGAAGGUGAACCUCCGUCCCAGUCUCAAAUCUCUGGAAGACUGAAACAGGUUUCCCUCAAGAAUUUCCCUGUAUUUAGCGCCAUCCAUCAUUCCUUCAAUUCUGACCAGUUUCUCUGUCCCUGCCGAUUCAAAACAUCCCCACAGCAUGAUGCUGCCACCACCAUGCUUCACUGUGGGGAUGGUGUUAUUUUCAUUACAUUUCAUCAUUUAGCAGACACUCUUAUCCAGAGAGACUUACAAAUUGGUUCUCGGGGUGAUGAUAGGUGUUGGGUUUGCGCCAGAAAUAGUGUUUUCCUUGAUGGCCAAAAUGCUCCAUUUUAUUCUCAUCUGACCAGAGUACCUUCUUCCAUAUGUUUGGGGAGUCUCCCACAUGGCUUUUGGCGAACACCAAAUGUGUUUGCUUAUUUCUUUCUUUAAGCAACUUUUUUCUGGCCACUCUUCCGUAAAGCCCAGCUCUGUGGAGUGUACGGCUUAAAGUGGUCCUGUGGACAGAUACUCCAAUCUCCGCUGUGGAGCUUUGCAGCUCCUUCAGGGUUAUCUUUGGUCUCUUUGUUGCCUCUGAUUAAUGCCCUCCUUGCCUGGUCCGUGAGUUUUGGUGGGCGGCCCUCUCUUGGCAGGUUUGUUGUGGUGCCAUAUUCUUUCCAUUUUUUAAUAAUGGAUUUUAAUGGUGCUCUGUGGGAUGUUCAAAGUUUCAGAUAUUUUUUAUAACCCAACCCUGAUCUGUACUCCUCCACAACUUUGUCCCUGACCUGUUUGGAGAGCUCCUUGGUCUUCAUGGUGCCGCUUUCUUGGUGGUGCCCCUUGCUUAGUGGUGUUGCAGACUCUGGGGCAUUUCAAAACAGGUAUACUGAGAUCAUGUGACAGAUCAUGUGACACUUAGAUUGCACACAGGUGGACUUUAUUUAACUAAUUAUGUGACUUCUGGAGGUAAAUGGUUGCGCCAAAUCUCAUUUAGGGGCUUCAUAGCAAAGGGGGUGAAUACAUAUGCACGCACCACUUUUCUGUUAUUUAUUUUGUAGAAUUAUUUGAAACAAGUUAUUUUUUUCAUUUCACUUCACCAAAUUGGAGUAUUUAGUGUAUGUCCAUUACAUGAAAUCCAAAUAAAAAUCCAUUUAAAUUACAGGUUGUAAGGCAACAAAAUAGGAAAAAUGCCAAGGGGGAUGAAUACAUUUGCAAGGCACUGUACUAUAGCAGUGCUUGACUUGGACUGAAAUGGGUUUCGGUAUUCAUUUUGAAGCUCAACAAUACUUUUGUGCUAAUAUUCUAUAAGAGAAACAGGAACUCAAGCAGAAGGAAAUUUGAGGUGCUGGUACUCAGCUCUGGUAAGCUUCUGCCCAAGUCAAGCAGUGUACUGUAGCAUUUUGAAAAUAAUCUCUUAAUUUACUCUCUUAUCAGCUCAGCAGUAUUUCCAGACAGACCAGUUGAUUUGACCAUCCCUGAGAGAUGGAUUUGCUAGGAAUGGUACCUGAAUAGUGUCUUCAAAGGGCACCUUAUUUAAAGUGCAGUCAGCUGACUGGCUGUGAUGAAUCUGUAGUUGGGGAGUAAUCAGUCACUGGGCCUGUAUGUGCUUUCCACAGGGGGCUGGACCCAGCUCUGGUGACAGCAAUCCCUCACAAAUAA